CGUUACUAAGACACAGUCACCAUCACAACACCAUCAUUCUGCAUCAACUUCUUUCAUGGCAACUGAGGUAGACUGGUCUGAACUUCCUAAAGAACUUCUGAAUCUCAUAUCACAAUGCAUUGACAACGAACUCGACCUUAUUCAUUUUCGAUCAAUUUGUUCAACGUGGCGCUCUUCCUCCAUCCCAAAUCACCAUAGUAACAUCUCAUCCUUCAAAUUCCCCAAAUAUAUUCCUCCACCAUAUUCCACAAAAAACGACGACAAUGAUAUCAUCCAUUUCAUCAAAAACAGCAACUCUCCAUUCGACAGCUUCUCCAAACGCAGUCUCUUCCUUGUCAAAGCACCACCACAUCAAACCGUAGUUCUUCGUCCUUGGUUGAUGCAAAUAUGCCCAAGCUCACUCCCAAACAAGCGUGGCAAAAUUAUGCUCACAUACUCACACCCACCCAUCAGACAUGAAUCAGCAAAACAACUACAAGAAACCUUAAUUGAACGUGCUGACGUGCUUGACUUCAACAAACUCUCCGUCCUUCAUUUAGGAACCCGUUACAUCUCCAACCAAUACGGAAAGUGCCCUGAAACCGCCCUUGCUGUCACGUGCCAUGGGAAAAACCCUCUCUUACUCGGCACAUUGAGUCAUUUUUCCCAUCUGCCAGUGAUUUUUCGUGGCUGCAACGAGCAGUGGAAGCUGUUCUCCAAUUUAUCAACUGUCCGUGGAGACAUCUGCUUGUUUAAAGGGCGGUUCUACGUGGUAGAAAUGUCCGGAAGAACAGUUAAGAUUGGACCAGACUUGACCAUGGUAUUAGUGGCUCAACCUUUAUAUAAUCUUCUUGGUGACAGUCUCAUCAGAAAAAUGCUGGUGGAGAGCGAGGGUGAGUUGUUGUUAUUGGACAUUUAUCAAUCAUUGUAUCAAUUCAGAAUUGAUUUUUUUAAGCUUGAUGAGAAGGAGAAGAAGUGGGUGAAGUUGAUGGAUUAUGAUAAGAAGUUAGAGAAGUGGAAGUUGAAGAAUUUUGGGGAUAUGGUUUUUUUCUUGGGGAGUGGAUGUUCAUUUUCUGCUUCUGCUUCAGAUCUGUGUCUUACCAAAGGAAAUUGUGUUAUCUUUAUUGAUUAUUACGUCUUAUCUAGGGACGAUUUAACACACGGGUAUCGUGUUUUUCACUUGGAACGAAAUCAGCUUUCGCGUGUGUCUGAAUAUCCCGAAUAUUUUAACUUGUUCUUGCCACCGAAGUGGAUCCUCAAAAUUUGAAUUCGUAACACAAUAUGUUAUCUUCCAUUGGAAGGUUUCUAAUGUAAUAGGGAUUCAUAGUGCAUUAUUGUUCUUAUUUUAUGUUGUUAGAUUGGAUAAACGUGUUCACUAUUAC